CAGGAUCUCCUCCAUCUCACCAAAGCCCAUUCUUACAAUCUUCUUCCUGAUCUCAGUGUCGAGCUAGAGUUACACUACAAUCAAGCAAGUGCAAUGUCGACGGUCACUUCUUGCACCCUCCUAAACAGCGGGCCGGCGGUGCGACCUGCAAUUUCCUCCGGCGGCCAGCUUCAGUCCGCAAGACCAGCAGCGGUGGCUCCCCUUUCUUCCCAGAGGAGGUCCCGGCCUCUUUCUGUGUGUUGUGCGAAAAAUCCAAAGGGAGAGCAUAACCCAAAGACAGAUUUGCCUCCAUUUAACAUAUCUCCUGUCGUUCUGGUGCACCCGGUGCCGCCGCGGGAGGAGCGGUGGCAGCUGGAGGAAGAACCGGGCAAAGUGAACCUUUGGUUUGAGGUGCCAGGGCAGUCCAAGGAAGACCUCGCCGUGGAGAUCGACGAGGACGUGCUCGUCAUCAAGAAGAAGACCAACGCCGUCGGCGGGAACAUGGGCCAACGGACCACCGCCGCCAGCGAAGCGAGCAAGGGGACGGCGCAGGACGGCGAGGUCAUCUACGCGCGGCUGCUCCUCUCGGCAGGGUACAGCAGGGAAGGUGUGGAAGCUGAGCUUAAAUCCGGCGUGCUGAGGGUCAGCGUCGCCAAGAUCAGGGAGCAGGCCCGCAGGAAGUUCAGCGUCAACAUCGACGUCAUGUAGGCGCGCAUGUGACAUGAAUGACAUGCAUGAAGGAGUUCUUUUGAUCCAUCUGUCCAACAGGCUCAUGAAUCAACUUCUGUUCGACAUCGGUCGAUCGCUUGUACUCUCGAUCGUAUCGACCAUAUCAUUGUGCGAUCUGUGUUCCCAAAUACCAAUAAAAUGAGCCUUCGAUGUUCUUUACAAAUGCGGAGUUGUUGACCAAUACAUAUUUUUACUAA